AGGGAGCUAGGGGAGGGAAAAUAGAUUUGUCUCUGGCGAUUGCUUAGCCAUUUUCAACAACAACAACACACAUAGACAGAAGCAAAAACUAAAACAUGAGUCAUUUCUGGUCUUCUUAAGACAAAGAUAGCAACUGGAUUAUCAUGAGAGCAGUGAAGUUGAUGAUUUUGGACUAGGACCUCACUAGUUGAAACUCAACACUUAAAGACUGAUCUUUUUUUCACAAUAAAACAAAUUGAUUGAAUCAUUUGCCACGCUACACAAGGUGAAACAGCAUGGAUAGAACCGCCAAACACAGUCUGACGCUCCUCAGCCAGUUACGAAAGAUGAGGGAGACAGAGAAUCUCACAGACGUGGUGCUGGUGGCUGAAGGAAUCAGUUUCCCCUGCCACCGCGUCGUACUGUCAGCCUUCAGCCCCUACUUCCGUGUCAUGUUCACCUGUGGCCUGCGGGAGUGUAACAACAGGGAGAUCCUGCUCCGGGACACUGACGCACAAAGCCUAGCGCUGCUCAUCAACUACAUGUACACCUCGGAGCUGCCCCUGAGCAACGCCAACGUCCAGGAGGUCUCAAUCGCCGCCUUCCUCCUACAGAUGGACGACGUGUUUGCAUGCUGCCAGCUGCACAUGACAGACAACAUGGACGCCUCCAACUGCCUCGGCGUGUACUUCUACGCCCGCGACCUAGGCGCAGAGAACCUUGCCGACCAAGCCCAGCGCUUCUUACGACAGAACUUCCUCCAGGUCUGUCAGAGUGAGGAGAUGCUGGAGCUCGAGGCCCACCAGCUGGGGAAGCUGCUCAGCUCAGACGACCUCAACAUCUCCCGAGAGGAGACCAUCCUGGACGUGGUCCUGCGCUGGGUCAGGCACAGUCCUCUGGAGGAUGGGCGCAGCCACCAUCUCCCUGAGCUCCUCAGGAAGGUCCGCCUGCCGCUGAUAGACGCUGACUACCUCAGAGAGGCCAUGAGGAGGAACACGGCCCUGCUGGCUGACGCAGAGUGCACAGAGAUGCUGAAUGAAGCCCUGGCCGUCACGGCCAUGCAUCACUCUGCUGCGCCGCGAAAGCUCCGGCUGCGCUACGGCAUGGAGACCACUGACCUGCUGCUCUGCAUCGGUACUGACAGUGGAGGGAUUAGAUCCCGCUACGGCGGCUACGCCGACCGCAACUUCUGCUAUGCACCGAGCACGGGCCGCAGCUACUACAUCACUUCCCCUCGCUACGGAGAGGCCCUGGGAUACGUGUGUGCGGGGGUCGUAACUGAAGAAAAUGACAUCAUACUGGCGGGUGAGGUUGGGGUGCGUAAAAUGGCUCGGCAGAAGGAAAGGAACGUGGAGAUUUUUAGGUACAAGGUGGAGGCUCAGGGCAGCUGGGAGUGCCUGACGUCAGCAGAGUACCGGGACUCCUUCGCCUUGGGGUCCCUGGGCGACACGGUGUACCUGCUGGGGGGGCAGAUGAUGCUGAAGAACCAGCAACUGAUCACUAACUCGGUGGAGCGCUGGUGCAAGCAGGGUGGGCCCUGGCGCAGUGCAGCUCCCCUGCCCCUUCCCUUGGCCUUUCACAGCGCGGUCACGCUGAAGGACCGCCUCUAUGUGAUCGGAGGUCGCACUCCCCAGUCUCACAGGAUAGACGAUGAACCGGAUCGUCUUAGCAAUCGUCUCCUGGUCUACGACCCUGAAUGGAACAAGUGGGCGGAGCUAAGCCACAUGAAAUAUUCAAAAUAUAGAUGUAGUGCAGUUGUGCUUAAUGGAGAAAUCUAUGUCAUGGGAGGGAUUGGCUGCGAGGGACUGGAUGGAGGUCAGUCCCGUCGCUGCCUGGACGCAGUGGAGAUCUACAGCGCAGACGAAGACCAGUGGAGGGACGGGCCCCCGCUGCCGUCACCACAACUAUCUCUACGCUCCAAUGCGUCCAAUGCAGGCGUGGUGGGGGGGAAGAUUUAUGUCUGUGGCUACUACAAAGGAGCAGAUCGCCAUGACGACAUAACAAAGGAGGUUUUAGAGCUGGACCCGUGGGAGAACCGGUGGACGGCGGUGGCUCGACAUGCCCUGAUGCAUGAUAACUACGAUGUCUGCUUGGUAGCAAAGCUCAACCCGCGUGGACUCAUGUCCCCACCAGCUGACCUGGUCAGUGAAGCUUAGAUAGUGAGUCAAUGAGCUCCGAGCAAAGUCUGUAUGUUUUACAAAGCUUAUGAACAAUGCGGUUAAAGGUAGGGUAAGCUAUCAAUAAAUCAAAUGCUUACUGCCGCAGACCUGUAAUAUGCCUGUCCCUACCAAUACCUACGCAGCUCCAAAAGGCUUGGCAGCCCAAUUGCUAAAGCUAGCAAGCUUGUCACAUGUUUUUGAGGGAGAGGCUUUUGAGGGCUGCCUGAAGGAAGGGGUGGGACUUUUCAGUUAGAUGCUCUUCAAAAUCUAGCUUAUGCUAGUUGGUUUCCUAAAUUGUCUGCCCAUACCUUUAUUAUUCCGAAAUAAGUUCAGAGUCGAGCCUGGUCUAGUCUGCAUAUUUCAGAUAUUGUGGUUCCUGGUUGGAUGUCCUCAUUUUGAAUGAAAACACAACGUCUGAUGAUACAUCAAUAUCACUGUUGAUGGGCAUAUGUUGAGUAUUGCACUUUAAAAAUGCUGGAUCAGUUUAGCUCUAAGGCUGAAGGAAUACUGGACAUUUGAAUGGAACCUCCCCAGACAUAGGAGUGUGGAUGCAACUAGCAUACCGUAUCACAAAGUGGGAAGACUUCUCUCCUGGGCCAAAAUAAGGGCAGCAUGAAAACAUAUCUGCACUUACAAUAGUUCCCCCUAAAAUAUAAACAUUUUUAAAGGUGCCUUAAGAAAGACAUAUGAACCCUAUUGCUGAGGGUUGAGCAUUAUUUCUCUCUCAUUUUAAGGUGAACUGUUUAUUUCAUUCAAGUAAUUGUUGAGAGAUAUUUUGUUUGCUUCUUUUGUUCAUAAGACAUUUAAUAUGUACAAUAAAUAACCUGAAAUGAUAUUCAGUAAUAAUAAUAAGCACUCAAUAGAUUAUUUGCAUCAAAUACCUAAUAAUAGCCCAUCAUGAUUUUUGACUGAUCAGAGUAGAUGGCUGUGUAGUAAUCAAAUUUAAACAAUGAAUGUCCAUUGUUUAUCAAUUAAGUUAAUUCAUUUAAAUUAAGUUUAUCAAUAAAAAUGUGUUUACAGAUUUA